AUGGCCGAGGCCCAUCUCGUCCGUCCUUCAACGUCGUACUCCGGCGCCUCGGGUAUACAGAGGAGGUUCCUCCUCUCGAGCCCGGGGCGGCCUCGCACUGCAACCGGACACAGCGAUCCCAAAUUCUCCCCGACACACCCCGCCGGUUUGGCCGUCAGGGUCUGCGUCAAGUUUCAGCCCUCUCUCGACCUUAUCUACGAGAGACAGUAUCAGGCUUCAAACGGAUUCGAGCCCACGGAAGAAAUAUGUCAAGCCCUCCUGCGCCGCCUGACCCAUUGCUCAAAUGAACUUCUCACCCGCAGAGACUCGACCGCCCUUGAGCGGACCAUCCCUCAGAUCGGAGAGGGUAAGCCGCUGCGGUUCGAGCUGAUUUACCAAAUCUACAGAGGAGGUCCAGAACCAUGGGCUACCAAGUCUUACAAAUCUUACCAAAAGUACCCUUUGGAUAAGUCGUCUGCCAUGGAAGUCGCCCGCUCCACUGACCGCAUCAUCGGUUCAUUUCUCAAGCUUCAUGACCGAUCCUUCAGGUGGAUGCACGGCAAGAUGCGUGAGCGAUCCGGUAGCGAGCUGGAGAUUCUCAAGCCGUUGAGCAACCCAGUCUCCCUCCUUCACAUUCCACAGUCACGCUUCGUUGAUGCUACCCAGGACUGGGAGUUCAUCCCUGGUUACGAAAUUACCCUGCACUUCCGAAGCCGAUGCAAGUCUCGCAGGCAAAGAGAAUGGGAACGGACCCUCACUCUCAAAAGCAAACAGAGCUCCCCUCUGACCUUAUCCCACGGCGAAGAUAUGGCUUGGGUAUUGUCAACAGCGAUGCAACGUUCUCUGGAUUCGCGAAAAAUGGCCUUCGACCGCCAACAUCGGUCUUGCAACCGAUUCGACUUUCUAGAGGAGUGUCAUCACUCCGAGCAGAACGCUGUCCAUGUCAGCUUCCAGAUCCGUAACCAGCUCGGCUUAGAUCACAGGCAUCUCCGCCGCGAGAUUGAUAGCAACUUGCUCCUCUUCCAGGACCCCAACGGUCUUGACUGCGAACAGUUUGUCAACCAGCUCGAGCAUGCAUUUUCUGCAGUUCGUGACGAUACUGACAAGGAACUGACCGAGAUGGACGAUCUCCGGUUAACAAUCUACGAACUUUCCGGCCGUGGUUGGAAGGCAGAGAAACCAUUCGCAGUCUGUCUUGAUUCGACCGCCUGUUACUCUCGAAGGACCAUCAAGGCCAUUUUGGACCGAGUUCAGACGGGCGUCGCCGAUAUCCUCGGUGGCAACGACAUGAGCAUCACUUUAAUGGUUCACAAGCGUGGCCAUUUGGUUUUGGACAAAACCCUCGUGGCCCGUUCGCCAUACUACGCAACAGGGCAGCGCCAAGACGAAGAUCCUGAGACUGUGAAAGAGUCCUUCCUGACGAAACUCAAAGACCGCAUUCGAUCAGACAUCUCCAUGGUGGUAAAAGACACGUGCUCGCUGUCCGACUGCGAACCCCAGAACAUUCGCGUUGUUGAACGGCCAGUUCCUGCAGCGAAUGACCCUGCAGAAAUGGAAGCCUUGCCGUCCAGCAGCCCGCUCCCAAUCCCGACACCCAAUGGGCCCGUGCCGGACUCUUUCGAUGGCAGUUCUACUGAACCGUCCGAACCUCUGGGGCAGUGUGAAACGCUUCAGAACGGUGGUGGGGUCAAAACGAUUACCGACGGCGUCAUUGACACCGUGGGGCUGCCGCAACAGCCUGAAACUCCAGCCAAAGCAAAUGCCUUCAAGGAUCAAUUCGAUGGACGAAGCAGUCUGUCCUUCUCUUUGACCGAGGACGGGGAGACUACUUAUCCUUCCUCCUCGUCAGCCCCAAGUCUCAUUGACGGCGAAAUUGGUACGCCCCGCGACAGUUUGCUCGUUACGCCUACCUUUUUGCGAACGCUAUCGGGUCACCCUCAGCACUUUAAUGCGAACCCGAAUAUCGCGGAUUCCGAGACCUCCGACAGCGAGCUAAUUGACGAAUCACUGAUAGGAGCUUCCACGCCGACAAUGCAGCGUUUCAAUGGACCGCGACGGUUCAACCUGUUCGGCAAGGGCAGCCAUUCGGUUUCGCGGCAAUCUCUCGUAUCGACCGAAUCUGAGUCCGAGAAGCAGUCGCUAGUCGAGUCUGAGCCAGCGACCGAAUUCGAGAAUGUCCAAGUCCAUGUCCAAGAACUCAAGUCGGAGUUGAGCCUAGUGGAGCCUGAAUCCGCGCCGGCGCCCUCUCUCGCUACGCCCGAGCCGCACCGGGAAGCCACCAUUCAAGAGCCUGCUUUUGGUGGUUGGCUGGAGUACUGCUGCGUCUCGGUCGAUGCGGAAGAGCCGCCGGUCGAACCAGAGCCUCCGGUUGGGCAAGAGACUCCCAAAAUCGAGAGGCCGAUCGGGACAGAGCCUGUGAUUGUCAUCACUCCAGAUAAGGAGCAAACUUCACCCGCUUUGUCCUCUCGUCCUCUCGAGGGGUUCUUGGAAUAUGCGAUUGAAACCAUUGUCGAGGAAGAUGAAGAUGACUCGGACACUGAGUUCCACGACGCGGACUCCAUCGCUCCGUUAGUCGUUGUGCCUAGUCCCUCUAGUUUUGCAACCGCUUUGGAAACUGGCCUCACUUCUCCAAUCAGCCUGAACCACGCGGCGUCCGACUUGGGGCAAACGAAAACCUCAUCUGAUCUGUUUGAAUCCGUUUCACCUCCCGUGCUGGGGACAAUCUUGUCGCCGUCCACCGUUGAGGUGACCAAGACCAAUUCAGUUGUUGAGAAUGAGGCAGCAAAGCCCGUUCCGACUUCUCAGGUCGAUGCUUGUACGUCUUCACUUGCCACCACCGAAUUCAAUUCAGCCCCAUCCGUUCCUGAGACUACCGAGCCCUCCCCCGUUCCCGAAGCCGCGAAGCCCUCCCCGGUACCUACCGAGCCUUCCGAGCCGAGACUUAACCCCUCCGCCGAGAUUCACAGGGACCCGUCCUUUCUCGUUUUGAAUGAAGCCCCGUCCGUCUCAUCGGAAGCCCCGCGCACACCGACAACAGACUCGGUGCCUUCAUUCAGCGAUAAGGACGAGACCCGUGGAUUGUGUACCCCACCACUGAUGACAGAAACUGAAGACUCGGACUACUCAGAGCCUUCCGAACCAUCUGUGCCGUUCCCCGACCUUCCUGUCGAAGCUGCGGCUCACGAUGAUUCCAAGUCCCUGUCCCUCUGGACACCGUCAAGGGCCUCGUUUCUUUUCGAUGACUCUAGUGAAAGCUACUUUGGACCUACCCGCAAGAUGUCGAUCCCGCGCCCUCUUUUCAUGCGACCUAACUCGAGCGUAACCUCCUUCAGUCGUCCUUUCUCUCACAAGCGCCAGUUCUCUUCCCCGACUGCGGGCUUUUUCGGUUUCCAGGAGCCGCGACGUCUCGACAUCGGGCUUCGAGGUGCUCUCUUCGGGCUUGCCGCAUUGCAGAAGCAUGGCAAACUGGAGCGGAGCAGUUCACAAAUUCUGCUAAAGCUUGAGAACGACAAAGGUGCGGUCGUCGCGCCCGGCAGCCACAGCAACCCCGGCAGCCGUCGAAACAGCGAGGCGAGAGGUAUCGGUAGUGCUGGAGUAUUAGGUUUGGGGAACGCCUACGCGUUUUAG